GUAGGAAGCAACCGGGGCAGUGUUGAUGGCACGCUCACCAAGACCAAACGCCGCUCACUUUACUCUCCCUAAACACUCCGACGCACGCAGGCUCUCCCCGUCCCUUCCUCGGCCUGGUUAGCUGGAGACGGUGCUCGAACAGGCGGUCACAGCUAAGGACAAGUGCUGGGCCAGAGGACACGUGUGUUUUGAGUAGUGGUGGUCGUGGUGGUGGUGGAGGUGGUGGUGGUGCCUGUCCUAGUGCGAUAUACGGCUCGAUGUAGCGUAGCGAGUGAGCCGAAUACACCCCAGGCACUCUUCUUUUCUCCCUGCUGCUGCGAGGACGUGUGCCAGUUAACGGAGACUAAACUUGGCUGCUGAGAUCACACGAAGAAGGUGGCUGUUAUCUUCCGUCUGAUAAAGGAGCGGCAGAACGACACACACCCGCCACUGUCCGCUGCUGGUCGAAUACUGCCCCAUCUGGCGGCCGCCCACCCAACCUCCGCAGCCUCCAUAAAGGUUCCGCAGCCCGACACAACCCCAGUGCGAUCUUUCAACCUAAAUACACGCCGCUACCACGCAUCCUCCUGAGGCUCCCGUGCAUCUACACCGCCUCCUGCUGCUGUGGAUAAAUUAGCGAGGAGUUUUCAAGAAGCAGCGCUCGUCGGGCAUCAAGAUAGUGCAUCGGAAGGCAUGCAGUGGAGGGCGGGGGUGUGAAGACGGGCGGGAUUCCAUCGGAGCCAAUCAGCACUCGGCCAUAGGAAUAAUGUCUUCAGUGGUCCCGGAGUUGUUUUUGUGGGAGCAGUCAGUGAAUAGCUCGUGUGGAGGAAGGAUGGAGUGUGACUCUCUGUACGAGCUGGGACCUCCGCCCGACAUGAUUCUCAAGAUCCCCCCGCCGCCCAUCCCGCCCUUCAUGGAGAACUUUGUGGCUAGACUGGCGGCUGAAGGGGUGGAUGUGCGCCCCGACCAAGGCUCAGGCCUGGCCGAGGACCAAAAAUCGUGCAGCCUUUGCCAAUGGGCUGAUGGAAACGGCGUAGGAUAUGUCGAACUGGCGCAGAAAGGUCCCUUGAUUGACGACACCUGGUUCCUCGUCAUCAUCUCAUCCUGUGUUGCUGCUACGCUUCUCGGCAUCAUCCUGGCCAUUGCCUUCCUCAAAUACAGAGAGGGGAAGCUGAAGCCGCUGAGUGACGUGGCGCUGGCCAAGAAGGAGAAGGCUCUUGGCCUGGAGCGUUGUGAGGCGGUGCUCUAUCCUGCGCCCGCCAUCACGCCCCUGCCCGUGCCCCAGAUGGACGGGCGAGGCUCCAGAGCGUUGUGGGCGGGUAUCAAGCCGCUGGAAGGCAACCACUACACCGUGGACCACUGCCAGCCCGUGGAGCAGAAGCCCGUGCGUCUUGAUCUGCUGCCGCCCCACGACACCACCUACGACUACGCCGACUACAGCAGCGUCAACUACGCCAGCCCAGGCUACGCCACCCUCACCCCACGCCUUGACCACAGCCCGCGCCCUGCCCCUGCUGCCAGCUUCGAGAACGUGGGCUACGUGGGCGGAGAUGAGGCAGGUGAGGGAGGGAGCGUGGGCCCCGACGGGUGCGUGGUGACUGCCCCGCGUGCCGCCCGCCUCCUGGGCUCCCCCCGCCUGGUGUCUGGUGACCCCGACCAGCACCACUACGAGAUGGUGACGCCCUCGCCCCGCCGCCACAAGUCCCUGGAGAGGGGCGGCGGCCGCCACCCGCCAGUCAUCAGUGGCCCCACCAGUCUGGGCGCCGCCCGCCUGCCUCCCCUCAAUGGCCGCCCGUCUCCGCGCUAUAACCUCACCGCCCUCGCCACUGGCGCCCACACCCUCACGCCCAAGGUAGAAAACUGUUCGCGGGCGGAACGGCGCCAUGCCCAUGUCUCGCUGGAUCGUGCAGGCAGCACAAGCACCUCCCUCGCCCCGGCUUCGCCCACCGACCACAUCUACGCCUCGCCCAUCACCUCCCCCGUAAUCUAAGACGGCGAGGAUUCCCUCGAAACAGCUAGUCCAGCGGGGUGCGCCGGUCCCGGCGGUGGGCGUCGCCCUCCGACCUGCGGGAGGCACUGCCUCACAACACACUGAGUCCAUAAUACCAAAGCCUAGCUUUAAGGACACUAUAUUCUUGAGUCUUAAUAUUAGAUAGCGGCAGAAUGGCGAUGUGGCGAGGCCGCCCUCCUCAGCCCGCCCCGGCGGAGGCCACAGAGUUUAUUAGUGAUCUCAUUAGUCGCCAGCGUCCAGCCCUGCGUGGCUGGCGGCGAGUCUGUAGUGAUUAAGUACAUGGGACCUUCAGAGGUCAUUGUUGUUGUCAUCUUCACCUCUGUCCUCAUUUUCUGCUUCAUCAAGAUCAGGAGACUGGUCUGUUGCUCCAUGAAACUUCACCAUUUCUGCAGUGCCAUAACAGCUUCACACACACACACACACACACACACACACACACACACACACGAGGGACACAGGCAGCGCCACGGGACGCCUGUCUUAUCCCUCCCGGUCCAAGUUCUCACAGCAUCAUUCCAUGUAUAACAAUAUUUAUUGCCACGUGUAUAUGUAACAGAGCUUUACGUGUGUGUAUAUAAGAUGUAUGUGUGUAUUCAUCUUUCUUUACAAAUAUUUGUGCAAUUCUAUCUUCAAUUAGAUGUCUUAAAAUCA